AUGUCUCGUGUCAAGGAAAAGGCGCGAGAGGCCAAGGCCUCCGCCGGAGCAGAUCCGUCUCCUUUCGAGGAGGACAAGUCAAUUUCGAGGCAGUUCCACGACAAAGAAGAGGACGAUGUCAGCCAAGACCAAGAUCACAAUGAAUCCAGCGAUGAGGACGUCCCGGAACCAGACGAAACGGAGAAGAAACUGGAGAAGCUGUUGUUCGGAGAUGACGAGGGCUUUCACGAGGCAUUGAAGAGCCAUCGGAGUCGACAAACGACCGAUAUUGAUAUGAUGAGCGGCGAUGAAGGCGCCGGCGGGGAUGACAAGAGCGCAGAGGAUGAUCAGGAUAUGGACGGCAUCGCAGAUGCUGAUCUAUUUUUCCUCGAUUCAGGCACAGUCGAGGCACCCGGUGCUGUUGUUCCCGCCGCUACGACGCCAUCCGAUAAGGAGGAGGAGGAAGAGGAGACGGACGAGUUUGGCAAUCCUGUUCAGCCGCCCGUUUGGGUGGACAGCGAUGAUGAGCGCUUGACUAUUUCUCUGGCGGGCAACCAGCGACUGAGGAAAUUGCGCGUCACCGAGUCGGAGGAUCUCAUCAGCGGGAAGGAGUACAUUCGACGACUACGCAGGCAGUACCUGCGGCUGCAUCCCACGCCCGAAUGGGCCAAUCCCCAGAGGAACGCAAAGCGGAGGAAGAGGGCCGGCAGCAUGGGUAGCAGCGACUCUGACGUCUCGAGUGUGGACGAGAUGGAUACCGAUGAUGAGAGCGAACUGUCAACGCAACCGCUGGCCAAGCUCCUCCAGAGUGCUGGCGAUCUUUUGAGACAGGAACGGAAGACCGGUGGUGAAAGGAGACUGCGCCAGGAGGUCAUAGACAUUCAGCGACUCAAGGAUGUCGGGGGCGAUCAGCCGUCUUCUAUAGAUUCUCUUUCCUUUCACCCUCAUUACCCACUUCUGCUCUCCUCCGGUCCAGCGUCGACACUGUUCCUGCAUCAUAUCUCUCCAGACGCGCCGUCGCCGAAUCUUCUCGUUACUUCACUUCACAUCCGACACACACCCAUCCAUACCUCGGCGUUUGCUCCGCCCACGGGGAAUAGGAUCUUUGCGUCCGGCCGUCGGCGGUACUUCCACAUCUGGGAUCUGGAUACAGGAAAGGUGGAGAAGGUCAAGGCUACGGCAGCCCGCAAGGAGGAACAGAGGUCUAUGGAGCGAUUCAAGCUGUCACCGUGCGGACGGUAUAUCGGGCUGGUCGGGACGGCGCGCAAGGGCGGCGGCCUGAUCAAUGUCCUGGAUUCCACGUCCGGGAAAUGGAUUGCCCAGGUGCGCGUCGAUGGCCGGGGCGGCGUCGCCGACUUUGCAUGGUGGAGUGACGGCGAGGGGAUGUGUGUUGCGAGCAAGAACGGCGAGAUAUCGGAAUGGGAUGGACGACUCCGCCGGGUUGUUGCACGCUGGACGGAUGAGGGCGCUGUGGGCACGACCGUGAUCAGUCUGGGCGGGUCGUCGGGGCGGCCGCAGCUGGGAGGAGACCGGUGGGUUGCGGUGGGCAGCUCGAGCGGCAUCGUCAAUGUCUACGACCGACGCCCGUGGGCGGCGGCGGUGGCCCAGGCUGAGUCGUCGAAGAAGAAGGAUAUUCAAGAGGCGAUCCCUCGCAAUCCCAAGCCGGUGCGCAUGCUGGACCAGCUGACGACGCCGAUCAGUCAUCUCGUCUUCUCGGCGGACGGCCAGCUUAUGGUGAUGACCAGCCGAUGGAAGAGGGACGCUUUAAGAUUGGUCCAUCUGCCAUCCUGCACCGUCUACCGCAACUGGCCGACUUCCAACACCCCGUUUGGCCGGAUUUCGUCCGUAGCCAUCUCGCCCGAGUCCAAUCUUCUGGCUGUGGGCAACGAGCAGGGUCGGAUCCGACUGUGGGAGAUUCACGGUUGA